AGAAGCACGCCGCGACAGUGGACGCUUUAUAGAGCCAUGAAGCUUUUGAAGUUUACAUGAGCAUGUUGUUGUGUUUUUUCCGACACACUAUACACUUUGGAAAAGUCGCUGACUGGCGCCCCGCCUUCCGUCUGCAGAGCAAAGUACGCCGCUCGGCCUGUUCUGCACGAGUUGAGGCCCAAUGAACGUAAAUGAGCGAGAGGGCGGCUACGCGGAGAGUCACACCUGAUAACAGGGAGAACAGCAUUAGUCGUCCGAGCGCACUGACAUAAUUUCCUUGAAGUGGUGAAGACGGGGUUUUGCCGUGGAGGCAAUGCGUCUCCGGUUAUUUCCGUGCUAGUUGCAUACAAAUAACGAUGUUUGUGGUUGGGUAACUUCUGCGGAGAUUUUUUUCUUUUCUACUUUUGUUUUUGAUGUGCGUCUCGGCGCGUAUAACUGCCUGGGUAACUACCACUGCCUCGCUGCUGUCCGUACGACGUACAAUCUGGAGGGCAACUGCAACUUGUCUAAACUUUUUGUCGACUUCCUCGCUGGUGGGGACACUGUUCGGAGCUGCAGAUGACGUGGACCAGCACUAUGAGCAGUGGAUACAGCAGUUGGGAAGACGACUCUGGGGAAUAUUAUUUCACAGCGAAAACUUCGUUCAUCAAAAAACCUCCAGUGAAAUCCAUCAGCGGGAAUGAAAAGGAAAGAGAAACCUCCUAUUUAAGCAAGGAUGAUCUCCAGCAGAAGCUUGAAUUGUACAACUCUGCAGCCGGUAAUUUCAGAAUGACCUUGAAUCCUAAUGGGACAACAUACACUGGAUUUAUCAAAGUCCAAAUUGAGCUGAAGAGGCCAAUUACAGUGGAAACAUCUGGAAGCCAUGAGCGUAACAACAACACUGAAACUGCCUUCUACACGCCAAAGGGCAGUGCAAACAUUCUUCACAUCAGCAGCAUUCAUACUGUUCGAGAAGUGAUUGAGGCACUUCUCCGUAAAUUUACAGUGGUUGAUAAUCCUGCUAAAUUUGCUCUAUACAAAAAACGCCAGAAGGAUGAUCAAGUGUAUACAUGCAAACUGUCUGAUGGAGAACAUCCUCUGCUUUUACGAUUGCUUGCAGGCCCUGACACAAAUGUUUUGAGCUUUGUUCUGCGUGAGCAGCAGACAGGGGAAGUAAUGUGGGAUUCCUUUUCUGUUCCAGAGCUUCAGAACUUUAUUCAAAUACUGAACAGAGAAGAGGAGGAGCACCUGCAGCUGUUAAAAAGGCGUUAUGCCACAUACAGGCAGAAGCUAGAAGAGGCCUUGCAAGGGCAAAGGACUCCUGGGUAACAUGGUUCCAAAAACUGAAGCAUGUUUAUAAAGUUGCUUCUCAGAAAUCAGACUUCAGGACUUAAAAACCCAGUGCUUCCAGCUUGAGCAGUCCUUUUACUCCACCAGUGUCUUCAGAUAAUGCAUUAGGUCUUUCCUGUUUUUGAUAAUUUGAUUUAUUUUUGUUCAACCUGUGAAAUAUUCAGAAGAAAAAAAUUUUGAACCCCCUAUUUUAAGUUAAUCAUACUUUGUGAGCAUUAAGUACUGUAAAUAUGUUUUAAGUUAAGAUGAUCAUUUACUACUUUACAGUCAUGGCGAUGGAGAGGAAUAUUGUCUUAUUUUUUGAAAUAAUGUUCAGGAAUUUUGUGAAGAGUAAACUGCGCUUUUGUAGAAGUUUGGUCAGGAUUAUAGUAUGGUAGACGUUGCUAGCAGUAACUGUCAAGGAGGUGGUACAAUUGAAUGUUUUUUGAAAUAAAAGGUUUGAGUAUGUUAAAGUUGCUUGAUUUGGACUGUAAAUGGUGAAAGGAAAAAUGGAAUUAAAGUAGUGAUUUAUUUUAGAAUCGAAUACUUGCAUACACAACUCAAUAUACUUAAGUUUUUAUAUUAAUUGUAUACUGUUUUAGCGUGUUUUAUUAGUACUGUAUUGUAGUUUUCUUAGUAACAUCUGUACUGCUAAACUGCAGUACCUCUUUGAAGCCAUCAAGUGGAGUGUUAGGGGGGCAAAAAACCAUCUACUGGAAAACUACUGUAACAUCUUAUACUUGUUUUUGGUUAAAAAAAAAGGUUUGUUCGAAUAAGACUGAGGGCAAUUUACAUACAGAUUUACUUGGCUAAAUGCUAUUUUUCUGCAUUUUCAUAUGGACUUCUCUGCAGAGCCAUAAUAGAGGAAGUGCCUGCAUGGUAGAAUGUUCUGAAUGUGUAGAAUUGCAAUGUAACUUUAUUUGAUAUACUGUAAUCCAGUGGUGAAUGACUGGUCAAAGCGCAACAUCCAGUUAUUUGUACUGUAGCACAGUCAUUGGCUAUAUCUAAGUUUAAAAAAAAAAA